AUGGCGCCCUCGGUCGUUAUGAUAGAUACCUCGGACGACUUCUCCUUCGCUGCCCCAGUGGCGGCGACUGAGAAGAAGCAGCAGCAGCGCACGCUGCUCCUAGCACCGCCGUCUCUCGCCUCUCAUCCCACCGCGCUUACCAACGUGCUCUCGCAACAUGAUCGCUCCACGACCGACCUCCAGAUGAUUGACCGGUUGUCCGCCGGGCUCGUCAAUCUCCCCUCCGCGACAUACGAUCUCGUCCUAGUCCUCGCCGAUGCGUCUUCGUCUCUAAACGAAGUCUUGCCGCUCUUGACCCGAAGCAUCCUCGGCCCUAUCACAGAGUCGCUCAAACCAAAGGGACGGCUGCAGUCGCAGAAUGGCGCAGAGUUGGGACAGAAUGCUGCGCUGGCAAAGGAGGCCGUUUUGGCAGGAUUGGUUGCCACCAACGGAGGUUUCGACAAGCCCGACUAUGGCGACAACGAAGGCGUAGUCUCUCUCAAGCUGGGCAGCAAGAAGAAGAAGUUGGCUGUUGCUGUUGCUCCUCCUGCUCCCGUACAAACACUCGAAGUCAAGCCUGUCGUCCCUGCUGGCGUUGGCUUUGUCGACUUUUCUGACGAUCUCGAUGCCGAUUACGACGACGAUGACCUCAUCGACGAGGACACUCUCAUGACGGAAGACGAUCUCAAGCGACCCAUCAACAUCCGUAUGCUU